GAUAUUUCCUGUGUCAUUGGCAGCUAUGGUAUAGCGCCAGUGCCAAAAACCGGUGUGCCAUCCAAUGUAUUGAUACACAGGGUCACAACCUUAAAGAGAGCAGAAUGAACAGACUUACUCUCUCAACUUCACUAUGACCCUUCUAACCGUGGCUAUCCUGUCAUGCAUCCCGUUUGUCUGUGCCUCACUACCCAGCCUCAAUGGUACAAGCAUCCCCACACUCGAUGUCAUCAGCUCUCCAUCCUACAGUUACACCAGAUCCUUGUGGAAUAUCAUCUGGAGCUGUUGCUUGACUAUAUUCGCAUGUACAUGGACUUCAAUCCAUCCGAACAUUCCGGGUAUAAACGAGAGCAAAGUUGCCAAAAUUACUCGUCGUAUAUUACUCAUGGGGCUCGCAAUGGCUGCCCCAGAACUCGUGGUCACCUGGGCUUUGCGGCAAUUUUUUAGUGCUCGUAAAGCUGCAAAGGAGGUUACAGGAUGGGGAAUGACCCAUGGGUUCUUCGCAUGGAUGGGUGGAUUCAUUCUCUACGUCAAUGGUUCGCCACGGGCCACUCUUACACCUGAUGAACUCCUGCGGUUCGUUCGUGAGGGAUCCGUCGACAUGCCUGUCAUCACAGAGGCAGAUAUAGAUGAUAAAAGUAAGGAUGACGGACUAUCUAAAGGCGUCACCAUUCUUCAACUGGCGUGGUUCGUCACCCAGCUCGCCGCCCGUUAUCGCCAGAAGCUUCCGAUCACCCUGAUUGAAAUCGACACCCUGUCCGUAGCUGCUCUGACCUGCAUUUUCUAUCUCUUGUGGUGGAAAAAGCCCAAGGAUGUAGGACUUCCUUACGCCGUUCAUUGGAAGGGAGCCACAUCACCCAGCGACUUAACCUACGACAAGUCAUUUUCACCUUUGGAAGUUAUGGUACAUCCCCUUGAGAGUCUUAUGGGAAAUCAGGUCCUCAUUUCUGCCUGGGCUGUCCGUUCUCGUCGUGUUCCAUCUCUAGGUGGCUAUGGCGAGUCUCAUGCUGUGGUCACACUUCUCAUUGGAUGCACCUGUGGGAUGGUGUUCGGAGGGAUACAUUAUCUGGGAUGGGACUACCCGUUUUUACAACAGAGGAAUUGGCGCGUGUUUGCCGUUUGGAUAACAUUUAUGCCGAUAAUCUUUCUUCUUACUAUUGGGUAUGAAAUGUGGCGGGGCGACAGCAAUGUGAGUCGUAAAAAGAAGAUGACAACGAUGAUUGCAGUUUUCAUCGUCAUGAUGUAUUUUGUUGGACGGGUUGCACUAAUUGUCUAUACGAUACAGAGCUUACGAUCACUGCCUCCAGCUGGUAUAUAUGAUACAGUAUCUUGGACUGAGUAUAUUCCACACUUGUAGUUUUAUUACAUUGCCGUGACGG